UCUGGUUGACAGAUGCUUCCACCAAGAAAGUCCCUAACAGGAUGACGCUGGGGCUGUAGGGCCCAUGGGGUAAAGACGGAUUAUGUCUGAGCAGUAGAUAAACAGAUUAUUCCCGAAACAGUGUCUGCUUUUUUAACCCUGUCCCUCUUGUCGCACUUCGAGCGAGUCCACUAUCCCUAGUUGGACCCAGAGAGCUUGCCUAGUUCCAUGCCAUGUCUAUCAGAUGCCACCCUCAAAUUCUCACUAUCUGCCGGGAAGCAAGUCAAAGCCUUAGCCUAAAUGACCAGCCUCCUACAUGCGGAAUCGAUAGACACCCUGAUACUAAAUGAUCCCAAGGACUGUAUUAGCACCACAUGAGAUAAACUCCGCACCUGGAUUUUUUUCUUAUUCUAACUUUGCAAACAAAACGGUUCCGUUAUGCCUUGGAAAUGUGGACUCGUUAUUACGCUGUUCCUGGUCCUCUUCACUCUCCACGCCACUGCAAUUAAAGAGAGGAAUAAUCGGGGCUCUUUGCAGAGAGGAGUAAUCGGGACAGAAACAGAAGCCAUCAAUUCAAUGCACUUGGUUGAACUUCUGAAAACGACCAAACAAAACGUUAAUGUCAGAACGGUAUUUGACCUGGAAAAGCAUCGGAGGAAGCGGUCCGCAGUCUUUCACUCUGGAGUGAGAGUCUGUCCUCAGGAGACCAUCAAUGAGGUCAUUGCCAGCCAUCAAGCCUACUACAGGCUCAGAGUUUGUCAGGAGGCUGUGUGGGAGGCCUUCCGAAUCUUCUUUGACAGGAUCCCUGUCACUACAGAGUACACAACAUGGGUUCACACAUGUCAACACGAGUCUCUGUGUCUCGCCGACCUGGCCACUAACUUCAGCAACUCAGAGGAGCACAUGAGUAUGGUGUACAGGAGGAUGAAUCUGCGAGACGAGAGGCAGUCGACUGGAGCAGAAGCAGCCGCAACCACAGCAGCACCAGAGGUCACUGAGAUAGCAGGUCCAGAAGAGACCCAGACUGCUGCACCAGAACCACCCACUCCCGUGACCAGUGAUUCCAGUGUCCCUGAUGCUCCUGAUGAUACAGUUGAAGUAGAAGAAGAAACCGCUGCUGAGGAGGACUCUGAGCUGCCCAACAUUGUUCCGGAGAACCAUGUGGAGGAGAUAGUGGAGUUCAGCAUUGACCUGGUGGACCCAGGCUACAGGGAACUACUGGACGACCCUGACUCCCCCCAAUAUGUUGACCUCUCUCAACACCUGCAAGACCAGAUGCUCCAUGUUUUUGACAAGCUCCCAGGAUUUAAAGAGAUCAGUGUUUUGGGAAUCAGCGAGGCCCAUGAGAGUGAAGGACCUGGAGGAGUGACAGUGCACUAUUCUCUGGUCUUUCAGACAAUUUCAGAGGAUGACACAGGGACUCCAGUGUCAGCUGUGCCCAACCUGCGGGAAAUGGUGGCCAAGGCUUUGAGUGAAGAGGCCUCUCUGCCAGUGGAUCUACAGUCAUUAAACUUUGAACCAGUAAAAGGGAUUCCACCAACUACAACACCAGUUGAGGAAGCUGUUGAGGAAACGAUUGAAGAUUCGUUUGAGCCAGCUUUCCACAACGAUCUGGACAUAUCCACAGAUGAGCCAGAGAUUGCCAUGGAGAAGCCUCGUCUGGAUGUUCCACUUGGCCCUGUGGAAAAGGAAAAUGCGCUCAUCACCUUCCUGGACUCUACAGAUAUUCCAGAAAAACAAGAAGAAGCAGCACCACCAGAGAGGGGAGAUGUGCCCUACAUCUACAAGGACACUAGUGAUGAAUUAGUGGAGAGUGAAUCUGAAGCAACAACUGAACCAGAGGAAGAGGUGCCAUUUAUCACACACAUGAUUGAAACCAUUCAAGCCAUUGAUGAGGGAACUGGUGAGCUUGUAAGAGACUAUUUCCCAACCUCUCCUGCUGAGGAAUACCCUGAGCCACCUUUUGGUAAUUUAGUCCCUACUAAUGGGUACCCUGUUUUGCCCCAUGAGGAUUUGGAUAUUACCUCUGCCCAUGAAAUAAAAAAUAUAGAAACUAAUGCUCCAGCUAAACUCCUUCCUAACUUGAUAUCAGAGGAGGAGGCUGUUGUUGAGAAGGAGGCUGAGCCUACUCCGACCACUCAGAUUAAGCUUACCACAGUCAUUGCCACUGAGGAAGAGGUAUCUAACCCUGAAUUACAUGUGACGACUCUCUCAGCCAUCACAGAUCAGCCUGCCACUGAAGCAAUAGAGGACUUUGAAGUUGAGGAUGAUAUUAUCCAUAUUCCGAUUGAAGGGGAAGACGUUGAGGAACCAGAACCUGAGGAAGAGGUAGUUGGGAUCUCGGAACCUGAAAAAGCGAUAGUUGUGGAACCAGAGCCCAAUGAAGACGUAGUUGAAGAUCCAGAACCUGAGGCAGAUGUAGAUGAGGUCAUGGUAGUUAAGAUCUUGGAACCUGAGGAAGAAGUAGUUGAGAACUCGGAACCUGAGGAAGAAGUAGUUGAACUAGAACCUGAGGAAGAGAUAGUUGAGAUCUCGGAACCUGAAAAAGAGGUAGUUGUGGAACCAGAACCUGAGGAAGAGGUAUUUGAGGAACCAGAGCCCAAUGCAGACUUAGUUGAAGAUCCAGAACCUGAGUCAGACGUAGAUGAGGUCUUGGUAGUUAAGGUCUUGGAACCUGAGGAAGAAGUAGUUGAGAACUCGGAACCUGAGGAAGAAGUAGCUGAGGAACCAGAACCUGGUGAAAAGGUAAAUGAGGUCUCGGAACCUGAAGAAAAGGUAGUUGAGGUCUUGGAACCUGAGGAAGAAUUAGUUGAACCAGAACCUGAGGAAGAGGCAGUUGAGGUCUCGGAACCCGAAGAAGAGGUAGUUAAGGCACCAGAACCUGAGGAAGAGGUGGUUGAGGAACCAGAGGAAGAGGUAGUUGAGCUCUUGGAACCUGAGGAAGAGGUAGUUGAGGAACUAGAACCCGAGGAAGCGGUUGUUGAGGAACCAGAGGAAGAGGUAGUUGAGGAACCAGAGGAAGAGGUAGUUGAGGUCUCGGAACCUGAGAAAGAGGUAGAACCAGAACCAGAAACUGAGGAAGAGGCAUUUGAGGGACCAGAGCCUGAGGAAGAAGUAACUGAGGAACCAGAACUUGAGGAAGAGGUAGGUGAAGAACCAGUUGAGGAACCAGAACCUGCGGUAGAGGUAGAUGAGGUCUUUGUAGUUGAGGUCUUGGAACCUAAGGAAGAAGUAGUUGAGAACUUGGAACCUGAGGAAGAGGUAGCUGAGGAACUAGAACCUGGUGAAAAGGUAGAUGAGGUCUCAGAACCUGAUGAAGAGGUAGGUGAGGUCUUGGAACCUGAGGAAGAAGUAGUUGACGAACUUGAACCUGGGGAAGGGGUAGUUGAGUUGUCAGAACCUGAGAAAGAGGUACUUGAGGAAUUACAAACUGAGGAAGAGGUAGUUGAGGUCUUGGAACCUGAGAAAGAGGUACUUGAGGAAAUAGAACCUGAUGAAGAGGUAGUUGAAGAACCAAAGGAAGAGGUAGUUGAGUUCUUGGAACCUAAGGAAGACGUAGUUGAGGAACUAAAACCUGAGGAAGCGGUAGUUGAGGAACCAAAGCCUGAGGAAGAGGUAGUUGAAGAACCAGAACCUGAAGAAAAUGUAAUUCAGGUUUCGGAAAAUGAGGAAAAAGUAGUUGAGAAAACAGAAGAAGAGGUAUUUGAGGAACUAGAAUCUGAGGAAGCGGUUGUUGAGGAACUAGAACCUGAGGAAGCGGUUGUUGAGGAACUAGAACCCGAGGAAGAGGUAGUUGAGGAACUAGAACCUGAUGAAGAGGUAGUUAAGGAACUAGAGCCUGAGGUAGAGGUAGUUGAGGAACUAGAACCUGAUGAAGAGGUAGUUAAGGAACUAGAGCCUGAGGUAGAGGUAGUUGAGGAACCAGACCCAGAUGAUGAGGUAGUUGCAAAACCAGAACAUGAGGAGGAGGUAAUUGAGAAAUCAGAGCCUGAGGAAGACAUAGUUGAGGAACCAGAGCCUGAGGAAGAGAUAGUUGACGAACUAAAACCUGAGGAGGAGGUUGUUGAGGAACCGGUAGUUGAGGAACUAGAACCUGCGGAAGAGGUAGUUGAGGAACUAGAACCUGAGGAAGAGGUUGUUGAGGAACCAGAGCCUGAGGAAGAGGUAGUUGAGGUCUCAGAACCUAAGGAAAUGGUUGUUGAGACACCAGAGGAAGCAGUGGUUGAGGAACCAGAAACUGAGGAAGAGGUCAUUGAGGUCUUGGAACAUGAGGAAAAGGUAGUUGAUGAACCAGAGGUUGAGGUUGUUGAAGAACCAGCAUAUGAGGAAGAGGUAAUUGAGGAAUCAGAGCCUGAGGAAGACAUGGUUGAGGAACCGGAGCCUGAGGAAGCGGUAGUUGAGGAACUAGAACCUGAGGAAGAGGUUGUUGAGGAACUAGAACCCGAGGAAGCGGUAGUUGAGGAACUAGAACCUGAGAAAGUGAUAGUUGAGGAAUUAGAACCUAAGGAAGUGGUAGUUGAGGACCUAGAACCCGCGGAAGAGGUAGUUGAGGAACUCAAACCUGAGGAAGAGGUAGUUGAGGAACCAGAGCCUGAGGUAGAGGUAGUUGAGGAACCAGACCCAGAGGAUGAGGUAGUUGAGGUCUCAGAACCUAAGGAAAUGGUUGUUGAGAAACCAGAGGAAGCAGUGGUUGAGGAACCAGAACCUGAGGAAGAGGUAGUUGAAGAACCAGAAACCGAGGAAGAGGUAAUUGAGGUCUUGGAACAUGAGGAAAAGGUAGUUGAUGAACCAGAGGUUGAGGUUGUUGAAGAACCAGCAUAUGAGGAAGAGGUAAUUGAGGAAUCAGAGUCUGAGGAAGACAUGGUUGAGGAACCGGAGCCUGAGGAAGCGGUAGUUGAGGAACUAGAAUCUGAGGAAGAGGUUGUUGAGGAAUUGGAACCUGAGGAAGCGGUAGUUGAGGAACUAGAACCAGAAGAUGAGGUAGUUGAAGAACCAGAAUAUGAGGAAGAGGUAGUUGAGGAACCAGAACCUGAGGAAGCGGUAGUUGAGGAACUAGAACCUGAGAAAGCGGUAGUUGAGGAAUUAGAACCUAAUGAAGUGGUAGUUGAGGACCUAGAACCCGCGGAAGAGGUAGUUGAGGAACUAGAACCUGAGGAAGAGGUAGUUGAGGAACCAGAGCCUGAGGAAGAGGUAGUUGAGGAACCAAAGCCUGAAGAAGAGGUAGUUGAUGAACCAGAACCAGAGGAUGAGGUAGUUGAAGAACCAAUGCCUGAGGAAGAGGAAGUUCAAGAACCGGAGCCUGAGGAAGAGGAAGUUGAAGACCCAGGACCCGAGGAAGAGGUAGUUGAGGUCUCGGAACCUGAGGAAGAGGAAGUAGAAGAACCAAUGACUAAAGAAGAGGAAGUUGAAGAACCGGAACCUGAGGAAGAGGAAGUUGAAGAUCCAGAACCUGAGGAAGGGGUAGUUGAGGAAACACAGCUUGAGGAAAAUAUUAGUGAGCCACCAGCUGAAGAAAUUAAAAUCAUCCAACCUGUGGAUUCUUUAGAGGACACUCUAUUUGGAGAGGAAACCUGGAUACCUGAUCCUGUUGAAGAGGACAAUAUUGUCCCAAUAGAAGACCAGUCAACUGAGGAGGACAUGGAGGAACUAUUGCCUGAAUACCACGGGUAUGAGGACAGCUAUCCUGAGGAAGCUGUUGAUAAUGUGGAAGAAACAGAUGACACAGCAGAGGUCAGUGAAGUGGAAGUGGCUCCACUGCCAGAGGAGAGUGAAGAGAAGAUAGCAAUGAUAGCAGAACCCAUCCCUGACUCUACGUCAACACCCCCUGCAGAAUCUGACACUGUGCCUGUGGUAGAUGUAACAGAGUCACCUUCAGAGUUAGAGCUGAUGGUGGAGGAUACUGAGGAGCCGGAGGUGGUUGUUAUCGAUGAAGAGGCUAAAGAGGAAGUCGUAGAGGACUCAGAACCUGAGGACGAGCGUGUGCAAGACCUUGCAGACGAACUUGAUCAAAUGGACCUGGUAAGCACAGAGCCCAUUAACCUUCCAGAGGCCAGUGGAUACUCAUUGUCUCCUGAGCAGCACCCCGUCGAGACCACAGCUUCUCCACCACUGAGAUACCUGACCACUCCCUCCAUGACCACGGCGAGUAAAGGCAGGGAGCUGGUGGUGUUCUUCAGUCUACGGGUUACUAACAUGAGGUUCUCAGAUGACCUCUUCAACAAGAGCUCUUCAGAAUACAGAUCCCUGGAGAACACCUUUUUGGAACUGCUGCUGCCGUACCUGCAGUCCAAUCUAACAGGAUUCAAGAAGCUAGAGAUUCUUAACUUCAGGAAUGGCAGCAUUGUGGUCAACAGCAAGAUGAAGUUCACCAAGUCAGUGCCAUACAACGUGACCCGGGCCGUCCACUGUGUCCUGGAAGACUUCUGCAACGCUGCAGCCAUGAGACUCAACAUUGAGAUUGACAGUCACUCUCUGGACAUAGAGCCUGCUGAUCAAGCAGAUCCCUGUAAGUUCUUGGCGUGCAACGACUUCUCUCACUGUGUGGUGAAUCGGUGGUCACGGGAGGCCGAAUGUCUCUGUGACCCGGGGUACAUGGCUGUGGACGGCCUGCCCUGUCAGAGUAUCUGUGUCCUGCAGCCUGACUACUGCCAGAACGGGGGCCGUUGUGAGAUAGUACCAAGGCAUGGAGCCACUUGCAGAUACCCAGAAAAGUAUACGUCUUCCAGGGCUGACAAAUUAAGAACGUCGAGUGUUGAAUGACAACCCUCCGUAUUGAGACUUGGCAACUGCAGAAGAGACACAGGAAUGUUAAUAAAACAAUAGCUAAAUCGCAGAUGCAGAUCACGGACAAUGUUGUGAUUGCAGAAAGACAUUGACCUGUUGGCUACUGAUGGACAGACAGGCACUCAGCCAGACAACCCCUUCAUUUGACCUUUCCAAAGCCUGUGUUUCACCAGAAAGGAUACUCCCGUUUUCUGUCAAACAGACAUUCAGGCGAACUCUGGACAGCCGUACUCGGUCAUUGUCAUCAGUGAACAAAUGACUCGGGAACGACAGAUGAAUGUCAAACGGAUGUGAUCAUUUUGCUAUGGCAUCCCAGGACCGCUAACUGCUUUUAUACAUAUGUGCUGACAUUUAUUUUAGUAGUGAAAGUGUUAAUGUAAAAAUGCCAGACGAAAAGUUACAAGAAAUGUUUUCCUCAUAAUGAGGUACUUAUGUUGCAACGUUGUAUAGUGAAUAACACGUACUGUACACCUGUGUGGGUGAUGUUAAUGAUACAUCUGUCUCUGUAAUAAUGUAAUGGUGUUUCCUCAGGGUCGUAAAACUACUGCUGUUCUGUACACGUCGGGGAAAUGAAUUGCUCACCAUCUUCAAUAGGGCUUUUUUAAAACUAUUUCCUCACAGAACUCUAUUUGUGUUGCUGUAGCAUUGAGUAACAGAACGUAAAACACGAGGAGCAAUAUCAGUUGAGUGAAAGAAUGCGUUUAUUUCAACAGUUAGAGAUCAGCAUUAGAAAAACGUGACAGUGAAAAGGCAGUAUUUGAGGAAUGAUUGUAACGCGUGGAGAGAGACACACAGAGCAUAUCGAAGCCAGUCAGUAAUUGGUUGUACAUUACAAGAGAUAUUCCAGGAGACCACACAGUACGUACAGUAGUAUACUCUGGUGUUCAAGUCAUAAAUAAAUACUUAGAUCUAAACUGAAGACAUGCCUCAGACACGCGCACGAGUGGAUAGAUCUCAUGCAUUCAAAACAACCACGACGUCGCCUUUUCGCUUGUGCCGAGCGUCAAAGGGAAUGAGAAGAAGCGCUAGAAAACAAACCCCAGACUAACAAAUCAGCCUUACCUGAAGAGAGUAGUUCUAGUCUCACAAGAGAUUGUCUCUAAAACACACAGUACUGUACAUGACAAAGGCUGUCCUUCUCCUUGUAGCUUUGAGGAAUUAUUGCUUCAUUUUAAAGUAGUUAUUUUUUUUUCAAGAAACAUGAGUCAUGUGCCCAAACCCUUUUGAUUUUAGAGUAGAAAGAUUUCUUUUGAAAAUAAAUGUGUACAUUCCUGUAGAAACAUUACUCUCUUUGUAUCAUAAAAUAUCCUGUACGUAAGUGUCUAUUGAAAUAUGAGAUGAUAUAUCCAGGAGGGAAGACUAGCUGGAUACUGUAUCUGAGCUUGAGGUCUCCUUGACCCCUCCUACUUCAUUUCUCCAUUCAGUUCUGCUCCCAUACACACAUUUGGUCCAACAGUAUGACUUGAAUGCUAUUUGAAAUCCUAGAGUAUCUCAAGAUUUGUAUGGUUCACUUCUUGUAAUCCACAUCAUAAAUUAAAUUUGAUUAGCACAUUAUUUUUCUUCUUAAGACAAUAUUUGGAAUAUCAUAGCCUUGUGUGGACAACAUAAAACAAUGCAUUUAAAUUUCAACCAUGUGGCUUUAGGAAUGAAUGGUUGGGGAAUGUGAAAAUGAAAACAUCUUUAGCUUUCUUUCGUUCUUUCUCUCAUUAGCAUUCCUAAAUCACACAUAAACAAAAAGUAAAGACUGAAGGAACAAAAUCGACUCAAUUACAUUCUGUCUGAAAGUCAGAGGUAAAAAAAAAGAAGAAGUUUACAGUAUUAUCAAAUAUAAUAAUUUGAAAUGAAUUAAUUUAUGGGCAGUUACUGAAAAUAAUCCUUAAGAACCUGACGCUCAAGUAUAACUGCCUCACAUGAGAGAUCAUCAUCAUCACCCCGCCAACACCACCACCCCCAGAAUGCGUUGAAGCCUAUUUUCCACCCAUGGAUCAAACAUCUCUUUUGUGCAAGUAUUGUCCUGUAAUAACCACAUGAACAGAAAGUAUUGGUUUACGUGAGAUCAUCAAAAAGCUGUUAUUAAGACUGCAGAGAGAAAACGAUGAGAUGUCAGGUUAAACCACCAACACAGUAAUAAACAUCUACGAUUUAAUACUCUUAAAACUCUUAUUUGGAGGCGCAGCUUUGAAAACAGUCCCUACUUUCAGCAAAUGACCCUGUUAAAGUCGUUUUUUAUUUAUAAGGCCUCGUAGUUAAAGUAGCAGGAAUAUUAAAGAAAAACCUCACAUUUGCUCAAGAAA